AUGCUCUUGAGAAUCCUGGAUUUCGAGGGAGCCUUCGCGAUCCCUGAGCCUGGAAAGUCCCGUCCACGGUUCCUGAUCAUCUGCCACUGGCCCAAUCAUCGCAUGGAUGGUGGAGAUGCUUGCCCCCGUCUUGGUUUGCGGAUAGUGACCAUUACUGCCGCGAAGAAACCCGAGGAGCGCGCUGCGGCCAUCGCGGAGUUCACCAGUCCGCGCUUUGGGUGUCAGGGUUUGAUCCCUACGUACAACUGUGGUGCAACGGGGCUUAAUCUACAUAACAACUGUCAUAUUGUUAUUCUGAUGGAGCAGGCCCCGAAUCAUAAUCUCGAGACCCAGGCGAUCGGACGUGUGCACCGCGUUGGUCAACGCUUUGCCCAGCGGGCGUAUCACCUCUUCCAAGAUCACACAGUCCGCCGGUAUCUUCAUCAUAACAAUUUUAAAAAGAUGCUGCCGCAUAUUGCCGCACAAUACAGGGAUGAGCUACAAGGGGAUGGCCUGGAGACUUUCAAGGCUUUCAAUAUCAACAAGGUCUGUGAGACCAAGUUGAAUGCGAUGAUGGGGCUGAAUAUCUUGUUCCCGUCCUAUCAAACUUUUGAGGACAAAAAAGACCUAGGUCUGGACUCAAAGGGUAUUUCCAAGCGUCGGGCUAUUCCCGUGUGGGCCUCUAAGCCCGGCAACCCUAACCCUCCUAUUGCUGACCCUCCCCUCGCUGGCCCAUCGUCUGCAGGGUCUCCCCCUUCAACUGAACAAUCCUCUUCCGGCCAAAAGCGCAAGGCUGAUCAGACAAAGUCUACCCCAGAGGUGAAAAAAACCUCGCACUCCAGGCUCGGGGAACAGGGUGAUUCAGGCGACAGGUAG